UUUCGCGACGAACAUAUAAUAAAACCGGUUGUUUUGUUUAUGUGACGAAAGAAGACGAGACUGGGUCAAGUCUGAAACCCUAAUAUCCAUUUUCAGUUGGAAUUCUCACUCGAAUAAUUCCAGAUCUGCUCUUUCACGCUGCAAUUCAUUAUGCGGCGUGGGAAGGAGGAGAUGGAGUUUAACUCGGGCGGCGGAGGAGGUGCAGGAAGCGGUGGGAAUGACGUGGAGCUGUUGUCUAAGACGUUACAGGUGGAGCAUAAGCUGUUUUACUUUGAUCUCAAGGAGAAUCCGCGCGGUCGUUACCUGAAGAUAUCGGAGAAGACGUCGGCGACAAGGUCCACCAUAAUCGUACCUUUCAAUGGAAUCUCUUGGUUCUUUGAUAUCUUCAACUACUACGUCACUUCUGAUGACCAAGAUAUUUCUAGCAAGGAACUCCAGCUUGAUAGCAAGGUGUUUUACUUUGACAUUGGGGAAAACAGGAGAGGUCGGUUUCUCAAGGUAUCCGAAGCUUCAGUUAGUAGAAACAGGAGUACUAUCAUUGUCCCAGCAGGAAGCACUAGAGAUGAAGGGUGGAGUGCAUUCAGGAACAUCUUGGAAGAAAUAAACGAAGCAUCUAAGCUUUUUGUUCUUCCCAAUCAGCAAAAUACCGAUGCCAUCACUCCAGAGAGACUUGUAGGUCUAUCUGAUGAUGUUGGAGCUGGAUUUAUAGCUGGGAAUAGUUCCCAAACUACCCCUCCAGCAUCAUCUGAGUUGACAUCUACAUUUGAGUUGCCUCCUCCAUCUUCAGAUGAAAGUGGUGGCUUUGGUGUCUCCAAAGUGAUCAGAGCUGAUCAGAAGCGGUUUUUCUUUGACCUUGGAAGCAACAACCGUGGCCAUUACUUGAGAAUAUCUGAGGUGGCAGGAUCUGAUAGGUCAUCAAUCAUUCUACCGUUAUCGGGGCUGAAACAAUUUCAUGAAAUGGUUGGACACUUUGUGGAAAUAACAAAAGAUGCAAUCGAAGGGAUGACUGGGGCAAAUGUGCGAAAUGUGGACCCCCCUCAAAGUCAAAGAUAGUCUUGGGAUUUUAAACUGUCGUGACAUGAUAUGAUAUGACAUGACAUGAAGUAUCUGGUGUUAUGUCAUGACAUGAUAUGAUAUGACAGGAAGUAUCUAGUAAAAGAAAAAGAAUGUUAUUUGAAUUUGUGAACCUGUGUAUACACCUACCCCACCCGCGUGCUUCUUCAAUUGAAAUUUGAAUAAUAAUCCAACAUGGAAAUAAUUAAGAACAGAAUAAGCAAGAAAAGCAAAGCUAGCUUUUUUUUUUUUUUUUUUUUUUUUUGUUAUAUUGUGAACAGUUUGAUUUCUAGUGGUUUGUUGGCUUGAUUGGGGAUUUGGAUAAGGUUGUGUUUUGGCCAUUUAUUUGACUUGACAUUAUUAAUUGUAAUUGUUGUUUACUUGAUAUGAAGUCAUUUUAUAUGGGUUUGG